GCGAUGCUUUUCCAUCUGACACCGUGAAUUGUGGACCGGUCUGUAUUAUUAUUACACGGAUAUUGUUGCUAAUUCAUUUGGGUCGCAUGGUUUGAACGAAACAGUAUGGAAUUGGCAAUUGUGUGGAAUAUUGUAAUUACACUUCUGGGUUGCGUUCUCUUUCAGGGAUGUUGGACACGGGUAACGAACAGUGGAAAAGAACUACUUGUGUGUUAUCACUGCGAAGAAAUUUAUUUUGGUAGUUGUGGUAGAGGAUAUAACUUGAACAGCUCUAGCUGUCACAGCAACGACAAAACUUGCUUCUAUAAAUCCUACUAUGAUCCGUUCAACAAUGGGCAUGGUGGUAAAUUCAAGUAUGAGAGAGGCUGCACGCCCUGCGACUCUGAGAAAUGCUUGGCAAGUGCAACACUGUUCAGAAGUGGUGUCGAGGAUUUUCUAGGUACUAUGAAAAUUUGUGAUUCGCCGAACUGCAACUCCAUGGGAAUGAAUGCGCUACAGAUUGAUGACCCUCUGGGAGUCAAGAUAGAUGGGAACUUUGUUUGAAAGAGCUAUUUUCUUUACUCUUUACUUUUUCUCUGCAUCACUCUUACCUGUUUCUUGGAUCAUUAUGUAGUUCUAAUAAAAACCUUUUUUACU